ACGAUGCCGGCGGUCGGAGCGGUAGCUGUCAGCUUCCUCGUCAUGCUUGCGGCCGCUGGGCUGCCAGCAUGCCGCCCGGAGCUGGUGACGCUGGUGGAGGAGUCCGUCCGACCCGAAUCGUCCUUCUUGAAGCCCAAAGUUAUGAUCGCCAUACUGGCUCGCAACGCCGCGCACAGCUUACCCUACUACCUGGGCUGCAUAGAUAGGCUAGACUACCCGAAGGACCGAAUCGCGAUAUGGGCUGCGACGGAUCACAACCUGGACAACACCACCGCCAUGUUGAGGGAGUGGCUGAGGAGAGUUCAGACCCAGUACCAUUAUGUAGAGUGGAGACCAAUGGAAGAGCCACGAUCCUACACAGAUGAAUGGGGACCCAAGCACUGGUCUCCCUCUCGUUUUAACCAUGUGAUGAAACUCAGACAAGCUGCCCUGAAGGCAGCGCGUGAACAAUGGACCGAUUACCUACUGUUUGCGGACAGUGAUAACCUCCUGACGAACCCUAAGCUCCUGGACCUGAUGAUGGCUGAGAACCGGACCCUGGUGGCCCCUAUGCUUGACUCCAGUGCCCUCUACUCUAACUACUGGUGUGGCAUGACUCCUCAGGGCUACUACAAGCGCACCCCUGACUACCAGCCCAUUCGUGAGUGGAAGCGUCUUGGCUGCUUCGCCGUGCCCAUGGUCCACUCCACAUUCCUGCUGGACCUAAGACGGAUCGCCAGCCGCGAUCUGGCCUUUUACCCCCCGCACCCCGACUACAGCUGGGCCUUCGACGACGUCAUGGUCUUCGCCUUCUCUGCACGACAGGCAGGUAUACAGAUGUUCAUUUGUAACAGGCAGCACUAUGGAUUCCUUCCCUUACCCUUAAAGCCACAGCAGAGUGUUGAGGAUGAAGCGCAGACUUUUACACAUACCCUUACAGAGGCCCUGAUCGACAACAACGCCAGCCCCUCAGAGUACCUGUACAAGCAGGGCCAACUGCAGGACAAGAUGGGCUUUGACGAGAUCUUCUUGAUCAAUCUGAAGCGGCGUUUGGACCGCAGGCAGCGGAUGCUGAGCACCCUGUCUGUCCUCGGACUGGAGGCCUCUCUGAUUGAUGCUGUGGAUGGAAAGGCUCUGAACACAUCUCAGCUGCAGGCUCUGGGUAUUGAGAUGCUGCCGGGCUACAAGGACCCGUACUCGGGCCGUGUGCUGACCAGGGGUGAGAUUGGUUGCUUUCUCAGCCACCACGCCACCUGGAUUCAGAUGCAAGAACGUGGGCUGCAGAAGAUUCUAGUGCUGGAGGAUGAUGUGAGGUUUCAGCCCAAGUUUAAGAGGAGAAUCCAGGACAUCAUGAAUGAUAUAGAUAAGGCCCAGCUGGACUGGGACCUAAUAUAUGUGGGCCGUAAGCGGAUGCAGCUGCAGGAGCAGGAGGCGCCCGUGGAGGGUGUGGAGAACCUGGUGGUGGCCGACUACUCCUACUGGACGCUGGGCUACGCGCUGUCCGAGCGGGGGGUCCGCAAGCUGCUGGGGGCCCAGCCUUUCGGCAAGAUGCUGCCCGUCGACGAGUUCCUGCCCAUCAUGUUCAACAAGCACCCAAAUGCGGACUACAUGUCCUAUUUUGAGAAGCGUGACUUGCGGGCGUUCUCGGUGGAGCCCCUCCUCCUGUACCCUACACACUACACGGGCGAGCCGGGCUACCUGAGCGACACGGAGACCUCCACCAUCUGGGACGACGAAGCCGUGUCCACUGACUGGGACCGGCAGUACAAGGCCAGGAAGGCUCAGGAGCAGCAACAGCAGCAGCAGCAGCAGAAACAGCAGCAGCAGCAGCAGCAGGCUCAGGCAGCAGCAGCCCACAUGCCGGCCCCAGCUCCCCACGCCGCCUCCACCUCCCGGGACGAGCUCUGAGAGACUCAUUAGGGGACUUGGACAUGGAAAACACAUACACACACACACACACACACACACACACACACACACACACACACACACACAUGACACACGACACAUACAAACACACACACGCACACUGUAAGUUUCAGAUGUAAGUCUCAUACUGUCUCAUACAUAAGCUCUUCCCUUCGCCCCUCCUCCGAGCCCCUCUCUCAUUCUCAUUGGUCGCCCAGUGGCCGGUUGCAUAACAGCGGGCUGAGAUGUGCAUCCCAUUGGCCAGCUGGAGAGGGGGGUGGAGUGGUGAUUCACACACUCUUCCCUCACCUCCAUCCAAUACCCCUGGACCACCACCCUCCACCUCCACCCUCACCUCAUUAUUUAUUCCUCAAUUGUCCCAUAAGACUGUGAGUCCCUACCCCUCCACCCUCGACACCCACCCAC